AUGGGGAAUAAUGAAAUUGGUCAAUGGACUUCCCUUUAUUUUGCUAAUGCCUACACGAAUGAUAGGGCCAGUAAACCUACUGAGGUCAGUGAAAGGCUCCUCAAUCUCAUCCCUCAAGUCUUGAAUGAGGCUGAUAAUGAGCUGCUGAUAAGUCGAGUGUCCAAAGAGGAAGUUAAAGAUGCGGUUUUCGCUAUGGCUACCUUUAAGGCCCUUGGACCUGAUGGCUUCCCCCCUGCUUUCUUUCAGGUCUUCUGGGAAACAGUGAAGUAUGAUCUAACUAAAGCUACCAGGGACUUCAUACGCACUGGAAACCUCCUAAAGAAAUUGAAUAACACUUUCAUUGUUUUGGUGCCCAAAGUUCUUGACCCGAAGCUUAUGUCUGACUAUCGGCCCAUCAGCCUGUGUAACUCGGUCUAUUAA